AGAAGAGGACGCACCUGCCUCCUUUGUAGCCCCACACGCACGUUCCAGCCGGCGGGGAGGAGUCACGAGAGAGCACGCCUGAACGCAGGGAGCAUCACCGAUGGCCUCCCCGCUCAAAGUGUGCAUAGUCGGCUCCGGGAACUGGGGCUCGGCCAUCGCCCGGAUAAUCGGGAACAAUGCCACAUUGCUGCGUUUUGCCACUACGGUGAACAUGUGGGUGUUCGAGGAGAACGUGGACGGCAGGAAGCUCUCCGACAUCAUCAACACGGAGCACGAGAACGUCAAGUACCUGCCCGGAUACAAACUGCCCGAGAACGUGGUGGCCGUCCCAAAGCUGCGUGAUGCCGCGCGGGGAGCCGACCUGCUGGUGUUCGUGGUCCCCCACCAGUUCAUCCGGAACCUCUGCGACGAGAUGGUGGGCUGCGUCUCCGCCAAAGCUCGGGGGAUCACGCUCAUCAAGGGUAUAGAUGCUGGUCCUGGGGGCCUGAAGCUCAUCUCCGACAUCAUCCGAGAGAAGAUGGGCAUCGACGUCAGCGUCCUCAUGGGAGCAAACAUUGCCAACGAAGUGGCUGCAGAGAAGUUCUGCGAAACCACGAUUGGCAGUAGGAUUCUGGAGAACGGCCUGCUGUUCAAAGAGCUGCUGCAGACUCCAAACUUCAGAAUCAGAGUGGUGGAUGAUGCGGACGCCGUGGAGCUGUGUGGCGCUCUGAAGAACAUCGUGGCGGUGGGCGCGGGCUUCUGCGACGGGCUGCGGUGUGGCGACAACACCAAGGCGGCUGUGAUCCGCCUGGGGCUGAUGGAGAUGAUCGCCUUUGCCAAACUCUUCUCCAAGAACGGCGCCGUCUCCACGGCGAUCUUCCUAGAGAGCUGCGGCGUGGCCGACCUCAUCACCACGUGCUACGGCGGGCGCAACCGGCGAGUGGCGGAGGCCUUCUCGAAGACGGGGAAAAGCAUCGAGGAGCUGGAGAAGGAGAUGCUGAACGGUCAGAAGCUGCAAGGUCCUGCCACCUCAGCCGAGGUUUACCACAUCCUCAAACAGAAGGGCCUGGUGGACAAGUUCCCUCUGUUCACGGCGGUCUAUCAGAUUUGCUUCGAGGGGAAGCCGGUCCAAGAGAUGAUCUCCUGCCUGCAGAGCCAUCCGGAGCACAUGUGAUCAGCCGGUGGGUUCUCACAGGGGGAGGGGGAGCAGCCUCUGGAGGGAUUGCCUCAGCAUGUUCACACCGAGGUUCAGCAUUAUAAACUAAUGCUGUUGUAAAAAAAACACAAUGUCCUUUAUCAAUUCAAGUUAGGCUGAUGGACGAAUGAAGUCUCCAGAUUUACAGCAGUCUUCUAUUUGCGUUCAGUGGAGGGAAAUUGAUCUCGGUCUUAAAAUGCAAGGAGAGUCAGCCCUCUGCGUGUCUGCUGGGUCUCGCCUCCUCCUUGAGAGGCAUUUCACUCCAAUAAGAGCCAAGUUCAGACACCUGACUCCCCUUUUCCCCACACUCACCACUUACCAGUCUCCGGUUUUCCUUCUAAGUUGUCAACCACAAAGCAUACCCUCAACCUUCAGAAGAAUUGCAAGCAAACAACCAUCCUGCAGCGUUGAUAACUCCACGCAGAAGGAAGCGUGCAACUGAUUGUCGCCACUAAUCGCGGCACGUCCACGCAGUUUGGAUUAAGGGCUGAGCGAGAAAAUCGAAGAAAAUCAAAUAUCAUAAUAUUCAUGACCAAAUUCAUCGAUUGACCAGUUUUACAAAAUGUUUACACAAUGAGGUUUUUGAUAAGCUGUCAUCAGUAAUGUGGAUAUCGUGACUGUGGGUACUGGAAGCUUUUAAAACCAGAAAUACAAGCGCACACAUGAUCAAACCAACGACUUACGACGUUGCUGGAUCUCGUUUUGUUUAUAGUUUUAAGUCCUCGACGAGUUAAGUAACGUGAGCUCAGUUCCUGCUUCCACUUCGAUUCAAUUCAGUUUAUUUUUGCAGAGCCCAAAAUCCAAACUCUUCUCAGAGGGCUUUACAAUCUGUAUGCAUAUGGCAUCCUCUGACCUUUGACCCUCAGAUUCUCUGACCUUUGAGCCUCACAUCAAAACGGGAACAACUCUCCCAAAAACAUUUUCUAAGGGGAGAAAAAGGGCAGAAAGCUAUUAUCGCGGCCGAAAGAGUUCACAAUAACGACAUUAUCGCGACAUCUGUAGGCAUUUUGAGAUAAAAAGACAAUUAUAAUCCGUCAAAUUCAUCUUGAACUUUGUUUAUUGUGUGUCUCUUCUAUCCGAACGAAUUCCGCUCGAAAGCACGAGUGUAGCGAGGUGGCGGAGGAGCUUAUAACCAAAUAUAUAAAGUAAUGUCACAGGGGAAUAUUAUUUGUGUAUUGUUUCAUUUCUUUAAUAUCAGGGUUAUCGUCGGUGCUGGUAUAUUGAGUCCUGACCCUUUGCAACAUUUCCAGGUGUGUGGCCAAAUGUUUGAAAUGGAAACUGUAUUCUCUUAUUGUGGCUUCACGAGUUUGUUAAAUACCAGCAGGCAGGUGCUGGAGGCGACCUCUGACCUACAGGAGCACAACAGCAAUGGGCAUUUACUUUAUGUCCCGGUGUUUUUAUAACCUCACAGGGUUUGUAUCUAUAUGUUUUCACUGCCACUCAGGGGAACCUACAGUAGUGUUGAACAUUAUGAAAAGGACCCUCACUAUAUCCUUGGGCCAUUGAGCACUAUACGUUUUAAUAUUCUGCCUCUUAAAUGUAUGAUUAUACUGCCUUUUGAAUAAACCAGCAUUAGCUCAGUGUUCAAUGUAUCGGGUGUGUUCCGGUGAGCUUUUCUCUCUAAACUGCCAAACUGUUGCCAAGUAAGACGUAGUGAGUGGAAGUGGAGAGCUCUUUUCUAUGUGACGGUUUGGUGGGAGGUACCCUCUCAGUCCUGUUGAAGCCCAAUUUCAUCCUUUAAAAGUGAAAACAUUAAAGCAUUAAUCUCA